UCUUUCCUGUUUCUCUUCUUCCUUAAGCCCCACUUUCCACUGCCUCCAUAUUAUCUUAGCUUCCUUAUUUCCAUCAUCUAAUUGUUACACUACUUUCUUUGCCUUCCUUUUUUUUUUUUUUUUUCAUAUUUAAUCAAAGGUUCUCCUUAGUACUCCUAUUACAUAUAUUUGAAGCGGUUGAUAACUACAAUUUGGAGCUAGAAGAUGGAAAACUUGUGUAAAUUUGGUGGAAAUGAAGAAGAAGAAAUGGAAUUGCCACCUGGUUUUCGUUUUCACCCAACUGAUGAAGAGCUUAUCACACACUACUUAUACCCUAAAGUUCUUGAUAGUAGCUAUUGUGCUAAAGCUAUUGGUGAGGUAGAUUUGAACAAGAUUGAACCGUGGGAUUUGCCAUGGAAGGCAAAAAUGGGUGAAAAAGAGUGGUACUUCUUCUGUGUGAGAGACAGGAAAUACCCAACAGGGUUAAGGACAAACAGAGCAACAGAUGCAGGGUACUGGAAGGCAACUGGUAAAGAUAAGGAGAUUUUCUUCAAGUUCAAAACACUUAUUGGUAUGAAGAAAACUCUUGUUUUCUACAAGGGGAGAGCACCUAGAGGAGAGAAAACCAAUUGGGUCAUGCAUGAAUACAGAUUAGAAGGCAAAUAUUCAGUCCACAACCUUCCCCAAACUGCCAAGAAUGAAUGGGUGAUUUGCAGAAUCUUCAAGAAGAGUGCAGGAGGAAAGAUUCAUAUUUCUGGGCUAAUAAAAAACAACGAUAUCAAUGACAAUUCAGUGUCUUCAAAUUUGCCUCCAUUAGUGGACAUAUCAUCAUAUGGUAGUCAAAUAAAUACAACAGAAUCCACAUCUUGUUCUCAUGUGACCUGCUCCUCCAAUCCAAUAGAGGACCAGAAACCUCAAGCUAGCUUGGCUGAUGAUUUGAUGAGCAAAAAUAAUCAUCCUUGUGUGGAGAAUUUCCAAUAUGGGGAUUUUGGUUUAGUGCAAGAUCAUGAUUUCCCAAUCACUUCAUUUGGACAAGUGGAUCUUGAUUGUCUUUGGAAUUAUUGAAGUUGACUGAAUAAAGACUAAGGAGUAUUAUAGGCUUGGCUCGGGCUCUAUAUAUUCAAUAUUUAUCGAGCAAGUAAUUUCAAUAUGGGACGUAAUGUGUGAUUGUUCUAAAAAGUUGUUGCUAUAGUU